GCCGCACAAAGAGCCGAGGCCCGGUCUGCCUUUAAAGGCGGCAGCCUGAGACUUAAGGUGUCCCCGGCGUGCGGGCCUCCGCGCUCCGGCUGCCGCCUGGACGCGUGCUGCAUGGAGAGCGCCCGGCCCCCGCGCGCCGGGCCUGGAGUCCACCCCUUUGUUUAUUUCCUGGGCUUAGGGGCUUGGGGGUAGGGAGGUAGGUACGGGGCUGCGGCUGUACCCUCUUCCGUCCCCGCUUACCGUGCUUCCCGAGCUGUGCAGCCCGCCUGACGCACGCGGUUAAAAAAAAAAAAAAGAAAAGAAAAUUAAGGUGGCCGAGAAGGAAAGGGUUAACCGUUGUCUUUAAAUAUUCAUAUCAUUGUUUUAAAGGUGUAAACAUGCGGAUUCUGGGUUGGAGCGGACUACCUCUUAUUAUGCAAAUGUACUCCCCCCAUUAAUUACGAUUUCCCCAAGCACCCCCCCCCAUUUUCGCACACCCACCCUACAAAAACUGUAAGUUUUCAAGGUUCGGAUGUGAGUGUGGGAUGUGUGUCCCUCGUUCCAUUUCGAAUUUUAAAACUCCUGAGUGCUUUGUGGACUUCAGGUGUUUUAAACUUUUUUCCUCUUAAAAAUCUGGGAAAAUAUAAAUUAUGUUUAAAAGGAAGUUAGUCCCUCAAAUUCCCCGCCUCUUUUUGGGGGGGGAGGGUAGGGUUGGAGGUAGGAAAAUAACUGGAUGCCUCGUGAGUUGGAUUUUUUUUUUCCCCCUGGUAGGAGUGAGGCGAUGUUAAGUGCGAGGCGUUUUGUGAGCAAAGAACUUGUUUUGUUCCAAACUCUUCCAAGUCAAAGUGCUAUUGGACUUUUCCUAACUCUAAAAUGGCUUCAGAAUUCCCCUCUGGUAUUUUGCUUUGCUCCCCUGCCAACCCUCCUUUUGGACAGGUUGAUUUCUUGGAAUCUUGGAAGGUUUGUUCCUGCACAGUUGUAGGUUUCAAACCGAAAUGAUUGCUUACCCCAAACAUGUUUUUGUAAGGACAGUUUGGAUUACUGCCCAAACUCGGGCUUUGUGAGAUUUAUUUUAUUUAGUUAUUUUGUGAGUGUGUGUGUGAGAGUGUGUGUGUGUGUGUGUGAGAGAGAGAUUUAUUUUAAAUGAGUGAUGUGCUUCCCAGGAGAUCAGAAACUCUAUAAAUGGGAAUUAUGUUCUUAAUCAUAAAUUUUAUAGGGGAAACUGACUCUGAAACUUGGGGUGUUUGUAAUUCUUUGCCCAAUAAAAUACCAAUCUGGAGGUUUGUAAACCCUGGGACCACAUAUAAGAUUCUGGUUUAACCUCUGAGACUUGAGAUUUAGAAGGGUUUGCCCUAGAAACUUCCAGUGGUACCAAGUACUAUAAAUGCCAGUGAUUUAGUACAGUUUAAUUUCUCAUUUUAGUUCUGCAAUGAAACCGUAAUGAGCAGGGGCAAGCAUAUUUAUUUUGUCAAUGAUGUGUGUGUACUGGUUUGUUGGGCGGGAUGUUUGCUUUCUAGGAAAGAGCACUGCAUUAAAACGUUAGAGAACUUUCCACUGCUCUCUUGGAGAAAAUUAAUCUUGCUGUGUUAAACAGCCAUUCCACUUUUCGAGUUGUGUUCUUUAGUGAGGCUUCCUUAGUUUUGGAUCAUGUUGUACUUUUGGCCCAGAGUGAAAACACGCUUUUCUAAAAUUGAAUUGAGCAUCGUGAAGAAUUUCAUCAAGUGCAUUUCCGUCAGCAUCCUUUUCCUGCAGAGUGUCUGUCUAAUGGGCAUUUUAUUUUUCUGUGUGAGAUAGCAGAAGAUACUAAGAGGCUUUCCAGAAAAGUCCCUUUAGCCAGGCCUUCUAAUUUCUCAACCGUAGUGCUUCUAGGUUGACAGAUGAAGUGACCAGAAGUUUUCUCAUAAUGCUGGCCGCCAGAAGAACCUUUGGGACCUACUGCUCAAGAUGGCCUUGUGUCAUGUGUCAGCUGGCCCAUAGUGCUUUCUUCAGGGGAGGUGUCCUGGCUGCCCCUCAGAGCCACAGUUAUGGCAACACAGACGUCAGGUCUUCUUCAGUAGAAGAUGUCUGUGAUGGUGGAUCUGUAAAGAAACCAACGGCUAGGAGAGGGAGGGGAGGAGCCCAGCUGUGAGGUGUGUGCGCCCCAGAACCAUGUCUACGCGGGAGUCCUUUAACCCCGAAAGUUAUGAAUUGGACAAGAGCUUCCGGCUAACCAGAUUCACUGAACUGAAGGGCACUGGCUGCAAAGUGCCCCAAGAUGUCCUGCAGAAAUUGCUGGAAUCCUUACAAGAGAACCACUUCCAAGAAGAUGAGCAAUUUCUGGGAGCAGUUAUGCCAAGGCUUGGCAUUGGAAUGGAUACUUGUGUCAUUCCUUUGAGGCAUGGCGGUCUCUCUCUGGUUCAAACCACGGAUUACAUCUAUCCUAUCGUCGAUGACCCUUACAUGAUGGGCAGGAUAGCAUGUGCCAACGUCCUCAGUGACCUCUAUGCCAUGGGGGUCACGGAAUGCGACAAUAUGCUGAUGCUCCUCGGAAUCAGUAAUAAAAUGACCGACAGGGAAAGGGACAAAGUGAUGCCCCUAAUUAUACAGGGUUUUAAGGACGCAGCAGAGGAGGCAGGGACGUCUGUGACUGGUGGCCAGACGGUGUUAAACCCCUGGAUUGUUCUGGGAGGAGUGGCCACGACUGUCUGCCAGCCCAAUGAAUUUAUCAUGCCAGAUAACGCAGUGCCGGGGGACGUGCUUGUGCUGACGAAGCCCCUGGGGACACAGGUGGCCGUGGCUGUGCACCAGUGGCUGGACAUUCCUGAAAAAUGGAAUAAGAUCAAACUAGUGGUCACCCAAGAAGACGUUGAGUUGGCGUACCAGGAGGCAAUGAUGAACAUGGCGAGGCUGAACAGAACAGCUGCGGGGCUCAUGCACACGUUCAAUGCCCACGCCGCCACUGACAUCACGGGCUUUGGAAUUUUGGGUCACGCGCAGAACCUGGCCAAGCAGCAGAGGAACGAGGUGUCCUUCGUGAUCCACAACCUUCCUGUCCUGGCCAAGAUGGCUGCUGUGAGCAAGGCCUGUGGAAACAUGUUUGGCCUCAUGCACGGGACCUGCCCGGAGACAUCAGGAGGCCUCCUAAUCUGUUUACCGAGAGAGCAAGCCGCCCGGUUCUGUGCAGAGAUCAAGUCUCCCAAAUACGGGGAAGGCCACCAAGCAUGGAUUAUUGGGAUCGUGGAGAAGGGCAAUCGCACGGCCAGAAUCAUAGACAAGCCCCGGAUCAUCGAAGUCGCACCGCAGGACGGAUCGCGGUCACUAAGCACCAGCGCGCUGACUCUUCGAGUGUCCACCUGAGAGAGAAAGCAGCCGGCCCUGCGAGUCUCUGAUGUUUACGGGCACCAAAGCCCUGGCGACAGAUCCUCUUCUUGCCAAAGGGAGCCACCCCUCCGGAAAGGACAGCCCCUAGAGGCUUUCCUUUGGAUGCGCCCGUCCUCCAUCAGAAGCCAGAGGGCAGCCUUUUCGCAAGUGUAGCUGGAACUCAAGCCAUAGUACGGUGUGCGGGACCCGAAAGGCUGCUUCGGAACUGACAUUCCUUGGACGUUUUCUAGGGAUUUAUACAGAUGUUGGUCCUCAAAAGAAAGCUACAGACCAGUGGUCUACAAAAUAAAAUGUGUUGGAAACCUCUGAGUAAGGUGAA